CUUGGCUCACGACCAAGUCCUCAGUGAGACAGACGACACUAAUCUCUAUUGACCUACCACACUCUUCCUCCACAAUCCACGCUCCCUGCAGAGCUAGCCAGCCCGCCGACUUACAACAGUGCGCAGGAACCGGCAGAACAAAUUCUCCUCCACCCAUUGUCCAGUGAUUGCUACGACGCUCACUUGUUCUCUUGAUAGGCUCUGAGGCUCCCGACAUAAUCAGCAACAUCGAGCGAACGAAUGAUUGACUCGAGAAGGCAAAUCCGUCGCUGACUUUGGCUUGUUCUCGUCACCUGUUCUACACAACCUUCCCAUCGAUUCACUACCUCGCGACAAACCUGGAAAAUCUACGCAAUUUGUAUCACCUUGACCGGAGGUCUUCUGCAAGCUCUUACUUGUGCUGCAGCCGCCUUAUCAACCAGGCCAGUCGGAUCCCUUGAUCUCGCAUACGCCGUGGUCUCCUCCAUAUCUCAAUUACGGCCCGAUCCCUGACUGCCGACUCUAUUCAACGUUCCGAGAGAAAACAUGUUGAUGGCAAUAAAGAGAAGGAGCAUAAUUGACGAAACACAUUGCUAGGUGACAAUCUCGUGAGGCCACUCCACGGCGACAAUGGUAAAAGCGGAUGUGAAGCGUGACUAUUAUGCGGACUUGGAACUGCCCUCCACCGCCGAUGCCGAAGAGAUUAAGAAGCAGUUCAGAUAUCUUGCGAAACAGCUCCAUCCCGACAGGAACCCCGGGCAUGAAGUGGAAGCCGUGCCCAAGUUCCAGGCCGUUCAGGCUGCCCACGAAAUCCUAAGCGAUCCCGUCGAGAAAUCAAAAUACGAUGCUGCGCGAGCAAAGAUCGCCGCAAGGAAUGCCGCUGCUGCUGCUGCAAACUACACUGACCCCUAUGGAUUUGCGAGAUCGACCACUACCAAGCAGAAUUCGACACCACAUUUCCCAUUCCCACCUCCUCCAAAGGCUACGCAAAGAGGAGUGCCCCAGACACAAAAGCAACAGGCCUCGAGAGGUGCAGACAAGUUCAAUGCCUUUACUCGGAACGCACCUCAGUCCUGGGACAGGGCGAGGUUUGACAACGCAAGAGCAGAUGCAGCUCGUGGAUUUCCAAACAUGAGGACGACACACCCGACUCAGAAGAUGCCCCCAACAGCGCCCCGCCAGGCUCCCACUGCACCAAAGCCACAAUCUACGUCGGAUGUUCCUCACGUCCCCAAUGUUCCACCAACAACCUUUCCCGGUCUAUCAAGAACUGCAAGCACGAGAAAGCAAGGGUAUACACCCGGGACUCAUGGCACAGAUGACCAACAAGCUCCCCGGUCGGCAUAUGCCUACGUGAGAGGGACUCGGGGGCCACCACAGACUUCAACUCACAUGUACAACCAAGAUGGAACUCCCAUGCAGUCACCUCCUAUGUCAAGAGUUAGGCCUGGUGUCAGCCCCUUGCGACCGACUCGUUCAACCGAUUACACUAUGAAUCAGGAUUUUCCAGAUGGCUCUCGUCCAUCUUCAAGAUAUGCUGGAGCAGGUGGUGAGAGGACGGAUAUUCAUGGAGACACCAUGCAUCACAGAUCGUCAAGCGUUCGAAAUUCCCCAAUUGACCGUCAUUGGGACGAACCCGGGCCCUUCGGAAGACCGCCUUCCAAGUUUGAACAUGUUCCUCGACAUCGUAGUGCGAGUCCAGGCAUGAGAAACGCGGGGAGACACGCUGAAUUUUCUUCCGACACCUCAUCCGACGAAGACGACACCUAUAAUGUGAACGCGAGACCAAAGGCAACACCACGGAGCCGACCUAGACCUCGAACCGCCGCCUUUGCUGACAAUCCAGGUCUCACCGGGUCAUUCCCUAGUACUAACUACACUAGAAUCGUGGAUGACAGCAAAUACCAGUUUCCCGCCCCCGAAUCCCGAGAACCAUCUCGCAAGCCAUUUGCUGGUGAACCUUUUCCUGCCACCGAAGAGCACAAGAUGAGUGAUGCACAUGUUAAUGGUGGGCAUGAGGAGGCUUCGGACGGACCCAAUCGUGAGGCUCAACCGCCGUCCAAAUUUUCUGCUGAUGAGUGGCAUGACAAGUUGAACGUCGACGACAUUUUCCGCCCGACCGAUUCACAAAUGCGCAAAUCACCGUCCAAACUGAAUCGUAAUGGUAGUAAACCCGGUACUCGUGGGAGAGGGAUGUCUAGAGGGGUGGAGCAAGAAAGCAGCUCAUCCGCUGAUCGUGCUGAGGACUCCAAGGCCAAAGCAGCUGCAUUCCAAAAGGGAAAGUUACCACCGGAUUGGGCGACCAAAGUGAAGCCAACUCCACCUCCAGGAGAGACACGCACCGCAAGUGAUCGGACAAGCCACGGUUCACAUUCCACGGAUGAUUCGAGAGACCAGUAUGUGGUAGUCGAGGAAGAUAUAAUGGACGUGGACGAUACGCCUCCUGUUAGGACCAAUUCCAAUACGACUCGCUCGAAUCCUACCGAGGCUCACUCUAGCAAAAGACGCUCAUCACCUGAUGGCGGUGUGAAUCUGCGAGAUUUCGCACAACAGGCACCCUUUGCUUCUUCUGCAGCUGGAUUGAAAGACCUGGACGAUCUCGCGGCACACUUGCCAUUCGAGUCAAAGUCAGAGGAGAAAUAUGAGAAGCCGUCGACUAGACUGCGAGCUCUCAAUCUGCCGAAGCCACCAAAAGUGGUGGUUCCACCGGCAGCAGACCGGUUGGAUCAGGCCAACUUCUUGCAGUACGUGGACAAUAUGAACGCGUACAUGCAAGACUGGAACCAUUUCAAUGCCAAGAUGAUCGAACAUUUCCGAGGUCGACAAGAUCGAGUAUGUGGCACCAUGUCACAUAAUUGGAUCAGUAUGCUUGGAGAUGGCCCGGAUGCUGACAAGGUAGACGAGAAUGGGACACAAAAAGCGGGUUAUGCUGCAUAUCUACAAUGGUUGCAGGAUGAUGCUCAAUGCCGACAAUGGUGGGAUCAUGCCAACGAGAAGCACUUACAGUGUAUGGAGGACCUGGGACGUAUUCGAGAAGUCGCCAGGCGAAAAUUCCGUCCGUCAUGAUGUGGAUGAUGAGCGGAGGAUUGUACUUUUAUUCGGAUCGCUUCUUCGAGCAUCGAGUGGGAGAUGAAGAUCAAGGUCGACUGUCAGCAAGAAGUGCAACACGAAGCAUUUCCAUUUGAGCCCAUCUUUGUCUUGUCACCCACGAAAUGCUUUUUUCUUUCCACUUUUCUCUCUCAAUGUCUGAUAAACUCUUGCAGAAAUGAAUUUUAUGACCAGCCAGUUGCAUUGGAAAGGGACUCGGAGGAAGCAAUAGCAGAGAGAAGAGAAGAACGGCCAGAUACAGAGGUGAUAAUGAAUAGAUCAGAUCAAAU